AGGGCCAGUUUCUUAAAUGGAUCCUGAGUCAAACGAUGGAGAAGACCAUGAGGUUGCUUCAGAGAUUUUAGAUAUUGUUGAUGAAGCUAUUGAUAAAGCAAGUGGGCCCGAUGGAGAAGCCGAGAAGUUAGAACAAACUGUUGACCCCAUUGAGCAAGUUAUAAUGUCAUCAGAAGCUACUGAUAUUGACAUCAAGUCAACUGAACAUGUCAUAGAGCCAGUCGAAUCAGUUGAAACAGUCCAAUCAGUUGAAACAGUCCAAUCAGUUGAAACAGUCGAAUCAGUUGAAACAGCCAGGAAAACACCUGAACAACUAGAAAAACAACCAGAGAAAAAGUCAUCCCCUGAUCACAUUACACACCUACCAAGAAGUGUGACUAUAUUACCUCCCAUCUCACCCAUUACUGCUAUGGAGAAAAUGUGCCAGACGGACAUCACAUUGCUAUCAGGGAGUAACAUCUCCUCCUUCCGGCCUGCUCAAUUUGCUGAGGAGAUCUCACCUUAUCCUCCUCUUCCAGUUAUUGAAACAACCAGCGCUCCAGCUUUGCUGAAGGGCGGAGAGAAACUCAAUGACUCUGAUAUCAAGACUAAUACCAGUGACUGUAAACUACAUGCUGUCAGUCAGGAGUCAGUUGUGACGAACGACGAGAGCCGAUCCGACCUGAACCCCAGUGACGAGGAUCAGGAAUCCGUAUCUACUUACAGCGCUAUAUCAGAGCUGGAGGGGGUGGGACCCCCCACAAUACUCCAGUACAUCAAAGAGAGUACACGAGUAAAGAGAGCCGUGCCCGCUCCUAAACCUCUUUCCGAGCGGUUCCCGAUGGUAGACCCAAGUAUUGAAAGAAGCAACAUGUGUCCCUUCUGUCACACGGAGCUCCUUCCUGUACCUCCACUUUCUGAUGGAAGUGACGAUGAAACUGAAUCUCCUUCCGUCAGGGCGUCAGUUUCUCCUCCGUACCACAUUAAAGACACAGAGAAAGGAGAAGCAGGAUUGAUGAAGGGAAAUUUAGGAGGAACUUCAGUGUUCUCUGUGGAAUCUCCUCCUCCAAUCCUGGGGCUUCCUGAGGAGAACGAAGAAGACAAACUACCUUGCGAUGGGUACCUGUACUGCUGUGAAGAUUAUUACUGGCACUUAGUCAACAAGAACAGGAUGGAACGACGCGAUUCCUUCUAUCAAGAGGGCGAGGCGAUGGAAGUUAAAAAGAUAGAUGUGUCUCCACACCCUCCGUUCGGUUCCAAAGCUGCUAGAAAACUUGCUAAAGAUAGGGCUAAUGAGAGUGCUGAAGUGGAUAAGCCUAAGCCAAAGAAGCCCGUUAAGCCUAAACCAAGGCUUACACCGAUACUACAACUGGUACGAGAAAGAGAGCUGGAGAAAGUCAGGCCUCUGGGAGGACCUCCUCCUAGAGGAGGGGGUGGUGCUACUACUCUAUUCAGUUAUGCUCGGCAGAUGAAGACAAUAAACUUUGCACUUAGUUCCCGGAAGUGUAUGGAGGACGGAUGGACGGUAACCAACUACCAGCCCCCUCCAGAGUCACCCCAACCUGUGCUGUACGAUACUGUGGACGAUACCCAGAUGCACCCUCUACCUGGGCUCAAUGUACCCUGGCAACAGAAUACCACAGAGUUUCACAGAUAUUAUCGUAACGGUACAGUAUUUCUCACUCUGCUCCCUGACGGCACCGGAACGUGUUACUACCCCAGUGGGGCGCCAGCGAUCGUCAUCUCUCUCGAGCAACCGGGUAUCUACUGUUAUUAUGUGUUAAAUGAUAGUGACUCUGAUGUGAAACUUCUUGCCGUGUGUUCCCAGCUUGGUCGUAUAGCUGUAUUCCACUCGAAUGGGACGAUUCAUUACCAAUGCUCACCAGUCGAAGGAAACCUGUUCAACAAGCGGGAGAUGCGCACCAAGCACUGGGAGUGGGACGCGUUUGCACCGCACGUGCACGCGCCUCCCUUCCAGCCUGUCUACUUCCAGAUAUCGCCUUACUUUUCGAUGAGAUGUGUUAGUUUGGACCAACAGACUCUAGUCUUCAAUUACAAGAGAUACACCUUCAAAUGUUGCGUCGGCUCUCGAACAAAGAAACUCACAGCAAAGCCACUGGAACAACCGCAGUUAACCCAGUAUAACAAAGAUUUGGUUGAAACGAGAAAAGAAAUUAACGACAAUUUGCGAAUACUGAAUAGUUGCAUCAAUUCAGCGCACCAUCUUACCCAAAAAGACGUUCGGUUAGAAAAAACUUUAGAAACCCUGGAGAGUAGAAAUGGUACAUCUCCAUCAAAAAGUGCUGCUGAGAGUAGCAACAGAGUGACUCUGGCUGUAUGAAAACCCAACUCUCACGCUUUUCAUAUCAUGCAGUUACGUUCUCCUAUAGCUUAGAGCUGAAAUCGGAGUUGUAGUGACUUAAUAUGUCGUGCAUGAGGACUCAAGAAUCAGGAUUCAAGUUCGCAGACUGAGAUUUUGAAAUUCAGAAAAAUUGAUUGUU